CUCUCCCUCCCUGCUAUCCGUCGUUCACUUACAGCCUCCCUUCCUUCUUUCUCCCUCCGCCACCCGAGCACCAGGCGCGCUGUGAGCUGCCCCCGGGGUCCCUCCCCCGCCGCCAGAGGAGCAGCUGCCGCCGCCGCCAGCAGCAAAUUGGGAGGAAGGAAGGAAGGAAAGGAGGAAGGAAGGGGAGCCAGAGCGACUAACAAGAGGGAGCCGGUGAAUGGGCUGGUGGUGACCCCCGCCCCCCACCCCACCCUCCCUUCCCACCCGACCCCCAACCCCCAUCCCCAGUUAGAGCCGCCGCCCCAGAGGCCGGACCGUCGUCUUAGGAGCAGUCGUCGCCGCCACCUCCGCCAUGGAGUUGAUCACCAUCCUCGAGAAGACCGUGUCUCCGGAUCGACUGGAACUGGAAGCGGCGCAGAAGUUCCUGGAGCGUGCGGCCGUGGAGAACCUGCCUACUUUCCUUGUGGAACUGUCCAGAGUGCUAGCAAAUCCAGGAAACAGUCAGGUUGCCAGAGUUGCAGCAGGUCUACAAAUCAAGAACUCUUUGACAUCUAAAGAUCCAGAUAUCAAGGCACAAUAUCAGCAGCGGUGGCUUGCUAUUGAUGCUAAUGCUCGACGGGAAGUCAAGAAUUAUGUUUUGCAGACUUUGGGCACAGAAACUUACCGGCCUAGCUCUGCCUCUCAGUGUGUGGCUGGUAUUGCUUGUGCAGAGAUCCCAGUGAACCAGUGGCCAGAACUCAUUCCUCAGUUGGUGGCCAAUGUCACAAACCCCAACAGCACAGAGCACAUGAAAGAGUCGACAUUGGAAGCUAUUGGUUACAUUUGCCAAGAUAUAGACCCAGAGCAGCUACAAGAUAAAUCCAAUGAGAUUCUGACUGCCAUAAUCCAGGGGAUGAGGAAAGAAGAGCCUAGUAAUAAUGUGAAGCUGGCGGCUACUAACGCACUCCUGAACUCACUGGAGUUCACCAAAGCCAACUUCGACAAAGAGUCCGAAAGGCACUUUAUCAUGCAGGUGGUCUGUGAAGCCACACAGUGUCCAGAUACCAGGGUACGAGUGGCCGCCUUACAGAAUCUGGUGAAAAUAAUGUCCUUGUAUUAUCAGUACAUGGAGACGUAUAUGGGUCCUGCUCUUUUUGCAAUCACAAUCGAAGCAAUGAAAAGUGACAUUGAUGAAGUGGCCCUGCAAGGGAUAGAAUUCUGGUCCAAUGUGUGUGACGAGGAGAUGGAUUUGGCCAUUGAGGCUUCUGAGGCAGCAGAACAAGGACGGCCCCCUGAGCACACCAGCAAGUUUUAUGCCAAGGGAGCACUACAGUACCUGGUUCCAAUCCUCACACAGACACUAACUAAACAGGAUGAAAAUGAUGACGAUGACGACUGGAACCCCUGCAAAGCAGCUGGGGUGUGCCUCAUGCUUCUGGCCACCUGCUGUGAGGAUGACAUUGUCCCGCACGUCCUUCCCUUCAUUAAAGAACACAUCAAGAACCCGGACUGGCGGUACCGCGAUGCAGCGGUGAUGGCUUUCGGCUGUAUCUUGGAAGGACCCGAGCCCAAUCAGCUGAAACCACUAGUUAUACAGGCUAUGCCCACCCUCAUAGAAUUAAUGAAAGACCCCAGCGUGGUUGUUCGAGACACAACGGCGUGGACCGUGGGCAGGAUUUGCGAGCUGCUCCCUGAGGCUGCCAUCAACGAUGUCUACCUGAGUCCCCUGCUGCAGUGUCUGAUCGAGGGCCUCAGCGCUGAGCCCAGAGUGGCUUCAAAUGUCUGCUGGGCUUUCUCUAGUCUGGCUGAAGCUGCUUAUGAAGCUGCAGACGUAGCUGAUGAUCAGGAAGAACCAGCUACCUAUUGCUUGUCGUCUUCUUUUGAACUCAUUGUUCAGAAGCUGCUGGAGACCACAGAUAGACCUGAUGGACACCAGAACAACCUGAGGAGUUCUGCAUAUGAAUCUCUGAUGGAAAUUGUGAAAAACAGUGCCAAGGACUGUUACCCUGCAGUUCAGAAAACGACUCUAGUCAUCAUGGAGCGGCUUCAGCAAGUGCUGCAGAUGGAGUCACAUAUCCAGAGCACGUCGGAUAGGAUCCAGUUCAAUGACCUUCAGUCAUUACUCUGCGCUACUCUGCAGAAUGUUCUACGGAAAGUGCAACACCAAGAUGCUUUGCAGAUCUCUGAUGUCGUCAUGGCCUCCCUGUUAAGGAUGUUCCAAAGCACGGCUGGGUCUGGGGGAGUUCAGGAGGAUGCCCUGAUGGCAGUUAGCACACUGGUGGAAGUGUUGGGUGGUGAAUUCCUAAAGUACAUGGAGGCCUUUAAACCCUUCCUGGGCAUUGGAUUGAAAAACUAUGCUGAGUACCAGGUGUGUUUGGCAGCUGUGGGCUUAGUGGGAGACUUAUGUCGUGCCCUGCAGUCCAACAUCUUACCUUUCUGUGAUGAGGUGAUGCAGCUCCUGCUGGAGAACUUGGGGAAUGAGAAUGUCCACAGGUCUGUGAAGCCACAGAUUCUGUCAGUGUUUGGUGAUAUUGCCCUUGCUAUUGGUGGAGAGUUUAAAAAAUACCUAGAGGUUGUAUUGAAUACUCUUCAGCAAGCUUCCCAAGCCCAAGUGGACAAGUCAGACUAUGACAUGGUGGAUUAUCUGAAUGAGCUAAGGGAAGGCUGCUUGGAAGCCUAUACCGGAAUUGUCCAGGGAUUAAAGGGAGACCAGGAGAACGUACACCCGGAUGUGAUGCUGGUACAACCCAGAGUAGAGUUUAUUCUGUCUUUCAUCGACCACAUUGCUGGAGAUGAGGAUCAUACAGACGGAGUAGUAGCUUGUGCUGCUGGACUGAUAGGGGACUUAUGUACAGCAUUUGGGAAGGAUGUACUGAAAUUAGUAGAAGCUAGGCCAAUGAUCCAUGAACUGUUAACUGAAGGACGGAGAUCGAAGACUAACAAAGCAAAAACGCUUGCUACGUGGGCAACAAAAGAACUGAGGAAACUGAAGAAUCAAGCUUGAUCUGUUACCAUUGGGAUGAUAACCUGAGACCCCCACUGGAAAUCUCCAAUCUUUUGAAAAACCCGGAAGUGAGGAGUGUGCACGGAUGCUGAAUGUUUGGGAAUGAGAGGAUGAGUGAGUGAGGCUUGAAAACACACCACAUUGAAAAUCCUGCCACAGCAGCAGCCGCAGCCGCAGCCGCCAACAGCAACGCUGUUAGUGAGCUAAGUAAGCACUGACUUCGUAGAGAACCAUAACGUCGGCCAUCUUGGAAGAGAAAAAAAAACGAUGGAUUUACUUGCUUAAAAGAAAGAAAGUUAUCUCUUCCCGGCAGAGGCUAGAACUAGCUUUUCUGUCUUGGCCAGUGUUGAGUGGAAUGACCAGUUCGGGAGAGGAAGAGGGACUGGGUUCAGCUGUGGUGCUUUGUUGUAAAAGGCAGCUUGGCCUUUGCUACUGAUAAGAAAGAUGGAGCCUGGGUCUUGAGCCCACCUUUGGUGUACCUUGCCACACGGUACUGUAUACGUGCCGGCUAAAAGGAGGGUGAGGGAUUCUUUACAGUCUGAGAAUGAGUGUGUGUGAGUGAGGCGGUAUCCACAUUCUCAACUUCGUCAUUGCAGUUUCUUUUUCCCAGAAAAAAGGGGUUAGACAUUGCAUUUCAUAAAACUAACCGAAGUUCUGUCUACUGAUGCAGCACAAGAGAUGUAAAAAAAAAAAAAGAAAAAAGAAAAAAAAGGGAAAGACGCUCUUUAGGUUUGUGCUUUUUUUUUUUCUUUUUUUUUUAAAUUCUAGGGAAAACACUGACGAAUGUUCAGAGCUCCCAUCCUGAUCUUUUCAUCAAGGCGCCUUUCCUAAUAAUAUGGUUCAACUGUGAAUGUAGAAUUGGGGGGGAGGGGGGAAGAAAAAGGAAACUCUGGAGUUAGAAGAUAUAGAAAAAAAUAAAAAACACAAUUGUUUCAAAUAAAGAAUGCAGACUUGAAAAGUAAAAGAAAGCCACAACCCAAACAAACCAAACGUUAAACGCUCAGAUUGGCAGCACAAAGGGAAAGCUCUCUCUGACAUGUAUCAAGGCAGCCUGAACGCCCCCAGAAAACUGUGCCAAAGAGGUUAGGAAAUAAAUCCACAAUAAAGUAAAUACACACUUACAGUAAACUUCAGGUAACUAUUUUGGAUUGCGAACAAGGAUAAAUUUAAUGUUCAAACAAUCUGAUAAAAUAACCAUUUGGAAACUGCUUGGCCUUCUGUUCUCUUAUUUGAUUGACUGCAAUGCGGUAUUGGUCUCUUGCUGCACUUCAAAACCAACUAACCAACAACAACGAAAAAAGAAUAUAUAUAGAGAGAGACUAGAACUCUUGUGAUGAAAGUGGCACUUGAAAAAGGUUAUAUUUUUCCACUGAAGUUGAAGAUUAAUAAAAUGGUGUCAAACAUUCCCCUGGUCACACGCUUUAAUAUUUUUUUAAAAGUGUGAUGUGCUGUGAUAACCAUAAAUCAGACUUAAUUAUUUUCCCUUUUACACGGGGAACAGGGCACCCUGAAUUUGGGUUUUAGACUCUCAGCAAUAAGGGAUGUUGGUGAGCUUUGAUCCUCUUUGGUUUUGCAGUUAUUAGGAAUUUUUGCUGGCAUUUUGAAUAUGCUGCUUUCAAAAACAACCAAGGACGAUUUUUUUUAAAUGCUUCCUAGUAUUUGGAGGAUUAAAAAAACAAGACCUUAAAUUCCCACUUUUGUUUUCAUUCUAGCAAAAAAAUAGGGGCUUGUGUAUUUUCUCUGCCGUUUUUUCCCUUCCCUAUCCAAGCCUUGCAUUCAUACGUGGGCUUGGCUCAGUUUUGCCCAUCCAUAUGGCAGCAUCUCUAAUAGCUCUUGUACAGGGUAUCAGAUAUUGUGCCUUUUGGUGCCAGGUUCAAAGUCAAGUGCCGAUCUAUGAACCAGUGUACAAAAAAAAAAAAAAAAAAAACCAGGUGUUUGAAGGAGAGGCACUCUUGUGAAUAGAGUGCACCAGCUCUUAAGCCCUACUUAGAAGAGACCUGGCCCGCUAAUGCCUUGUUUAAAUUUUAGUUGUUCCUCAAGGGAAAGGAUGAUGAUACACUAACCAUUCCUGAUAGAUAGGGUUUGGUCAGGGCUUAGGGAUGGGGCAGGAAUAUGGGGGAGAAAAAAAUGAUCAUUCCUCAGUGCUACCCAUUUGUCCUGUGUGGGCUGCUUAGCUAGACAGCAGGAGAAUAAAGUACACCAAGAACCAUAAUGGAAACAAAACCUUCCGUGUGUUUUGUCAUGUUUUGUUCCAGGGAAGCAGUUGAUAAGUGCUGUUGUUAAUGCUUUCUCCCAGAUCCACUCAGUGAUGGAGAGGAGGAAAAUUGGCUGGUUGGAUUGUGGUCUUGGUGCCUCGCAGUUAUUCUGCACUGGUUAUGCAUUUAAUCUUUACUAGUAGAGUUACCUUUGGCUAGUGGGUUUUCCAUAGCCUGGGUAUUUAUCCUUAAUCGAUUGUACCACCUAAGGCAACUGGAUGCGAAAUGCAUUCUGUCCAUUCUGUCUGGGCCUUCCCCACCCUAGUCUUGGCACAUUCCUUCAAGAAUGUAGUUACCGUCUGCUUGGGAAGAUGUCAAUGCAAACGUGAAGAAAAUGGGCAUCGGACUAGGCUUUGGUUUGCCACAAGUGGCAGCUGCCUGUAUCAAUUACAAUUACAUUUAUUAAUUUUGCUUUUCAUUUUUCCAAGUUCCCCUCAGCUCCCCUGUUGACCUGUUGGCUGUCUAAAGGCAACUGUUACAUUGCCUUAGGGACUUGUGGAGAAAGGGAGGGGAAUUGCUCAGUGUAGUGUUUUCACUUUCAAAACCAAGUAAUCUAGUCACUCAUAUUAAGGAAGUGUGUUAGUCUGACUUUAAGAGAAAUCCAAACUCCAUCAGCUUUUGAUAGCAUCUUGGUUUUCGAAACAACUCAAUCUGUAAUUGGCAUUUAGAAUGCCCUUGGCAUGCCAGUCUGUGAUGGCAUUAAAGACCUGUUAAAACACUUGAGCCCAACUUUAUUAACCAAAACUGAUACCACCACCUUUAUCUUCUAAAUAAAGUCCGCUUUAUUUUUAUUUUGAA